AUGUCAGAUCAGCAAUGCGUCGAAGCAGCCACGCCGCCUCAAGACUCUCUUAGCAGCGUCGAAGACGGCGUCACAAACCCGACGCCCAGCAACGUGCCCUCGACCGUCCCACCGCCUCCCGCGCCCGACGGCGGCGUCAAAGCAUGGUCGCAGGCCGCCGCCGCGCACCUGGUCAUCUUCAACUGCUGGGGCUACAUCUCCUCCUUCGGCCUCUUCCAGUCCUACUACACAGCCACCUUCUCCGUCUCGGGCUCGGCCGUCAGCUGGAUCGGCUCCGUCCAGAUCCUGCUCAUCUACGCCGUCGGCACCCUCUCCGGGCGCGCGCUGGACGCCGGCCGCUUCCGGCCGUGCGUGACGGCGGGCUGCGCGCUGCAGGUGCUCGGCGUCUUCGCCACGGCGUCCGCGACGCGCUACUGGCACGUCUUCCUCGCGCAGGGCGUCUGCAAGGGGCUCGGCGACGGCCUCGUCUUCUGCCCCGCCGUCGCCCUCGUCGCCACCUACUUCUCCGCCCGCCGCAGCCUCGCUAUUGGCGUCAUGGCCGCCGGCGGCGCCACCGGCGGCGUCGUCUUCCCCCUCGUCGCACGCCAGCUGCUGCCCGCCGUCGGCUUCGCUUGGACCGUGCGCGUCAUGGGCUUCGUGGUGCUGUUCAACGCGUGCGUCUUCUCUGCCGUGGCGCGCGUGCGCGUCGUGAAGGUGGCGGUGCGGGUCGAGUCGAGGCGGGAGAGGAAGGAGGGGGAGGAGAAGAAGAAUACGAAGACGAAGACGAAGACGAAGAAGAAGGAGCAGCGCCAGCGCCCGCGCCAGCGCCGGCCGUACGUCGAAUGGGCCGCCUUCGCGGAGCCGGCAUACUCGCUCUUCUGCGCCGCCAUGUUCCUCGUGCUCUGGGCCGUCUUCAUCGCCUACUUCUACCUCGACGCCUACGCGCGCGACGUCGUCCUGCGCCGCGCAGCAGCACCCUCCGCCGACGCCGACGACGACAACAACAACAACAACAACUCCUCGGACGCCGCCACGACGACGCUGACGCUCCUCCUCACCCUCAACGCCGUCGGCCUCCCCGCGCGGCUGGGCUGCGGCUUCGUCGCCGACCGCCUCGGCCCCGUCAACACGCUGCUUCCCGCCGUCGCCGCGGCAGGCACUCUCUUCUUCUGCUGGAUCGCCGUGCAGCGUUCGCUUGGCGGGCUGUACGCCUUCGCGGCCGUGUACGGCUUCUUCGCCGGCGGCAUCCAGAGCCUGUUCCCCGCCGCCGCCGCCAGCCUGACCGCCGACAUCGAUAAGAUGGGCGUCCGCACCGGCAUGUGCUUUUCCGUCGUGUCGGUGGCGUGCUUGACGGGGCCGCCGAUCGCUGGCGCGCUGAUCGAGAGGGCGGAUGGGGGUUAUUUGUAUGCGCAGGUUUUUGGGGGGGUGGCGUUGAUGGCUGGUGCGGCGACGCUGGUGGCGGCGAGGUGGGCGAGGUAUGGGUGGGAUUGGAGGAAGAAGAUGUGA